AUCCAGCGUUGAAUAGUUGAACGUAUGCACUUCCAGCAGACCAGCGCACAAACAGUGCGAGGAUGGUCCUUGUUACCCAGAAGACCCAGACGGGCCAUGGCAUCGUUUCUGGCCUAGCGGCUCUAGCCUAAUCAAAAACUGCUCCAACGUUACGGCACCGCAGUAAAAAUGAGCCUGUGCGAAUUGAUCAAGAUGGGCCGCAAUGCGCAGCGUGUGUCCGGCAUUCAGAAUAAAGCCUACAUUUUUCUCGGUCUCUCUGGAUUGCGCGUCAACCACGCCUUAAAGGACGUCUCCCCCCAUACCCAUGGCAUCCUGUGGCCUCACCAAGCGUGGUUCACGAUUUUUGUGCCUUGCCAUCUUGUUGUGCCUUGGACUCCCUGGAAUACUUUACAACCGUGAAGCUGUUCGGGGCUAUUUCCGAGUCGGUGAUCACCUACCGCCAUUGUACAAGGACUUUCGAGAGCGGGAAGAACAUCUAGAUCACUAUAGAGAGUAUGAAAAGAGGAAGGAUGUGAAAUAUCUUUGGUCGGCCAACCAUGCGCAUAGCUCAGGAUGGGGAAACGUCAUGCAAGAUUAUGUGAUGAAUGGGCUGCUUGCGCAAGCCUCAGGACGCUCUUUCGUCUUCGAUGACUACGUCUGGAAUCCAGAUGGCUCAGUCUUUUCGGAUUAUAAUGGGCAUUUGAUUCCCUCUCGGAUACCCUUGACAGCACUAUUGGGCGGCGUCAUGGUGGGUGGUGAAAUGCCGCCUGGUGUCACAACUCCUCGUGCGGUGUCAAAAGCUUUCUUCAACAAAGUCUGCCCGCAUCCAACAAUCAUUCAGGUGACAGAGGUGAACGAUGAUCGUAUGCGAUUCGACGAAAGCGUGCCAGCUUCGUAUGUAUUCGAGAAGUGGCUCGAAAAAAUCAACUCAAUUGAUGACCCAUGUAUCGAAAUCGACCCAAAGAGCGAUGCAAUCUUCGAGUACUGGAUAUUUGGACACAAGCGAAUGCUGUCCAUUUGGGAGUUCCUCAAGAAAUCCCCGGUAGCAACGCAUUGGGGAUGGUCGCCUUUGAUACACGAUGCAUACAAACGGAAUCGCCAGAUCUUUGUGCCGGGCGCGAAAACUUCUAUUUUCGACGGGCUCUCUGGAUCAAGUGUCGCGGAAAACUACACGAACCCGAUACCUGGCCUCUUGGCGCUACACGUGCGAAGGGGUGACUUCCAGGACCACUGCGUCCACCUGGGCAAAUGGUCAUCAAACUGGAACGCGUUCAAUAUGUUCCCCGAGUUCUCAGACAAGUUCGACAGGCCCACUGAUGGCGGAUGGGGCGAGACAUCAGAAAAGAACAUGCAGAUGUAUCUGCAGCGGUGCUUCCCCACGGUUGAGCAAAUCGUCCAGAAAGUCAUGCAAGUGCGCGUUGAGUCGGAUAUGCCGCUGACGCACAUCUAUAUCAUGACUAAUGGCGCUGUUGAGUGGGUUGAGGAGCUGAAAGAGGCUCUGGGGAGAUCUGGGAACUGGGAUCAGAUUAAGAGCAGUCGCGAUCUCGACAUCACUUGGGAACAAAAAUUUGUGGUGCAGGCGUUGGAUAUGUUUGUGGCUCAACGAGCUGAGGUGUUGAUCGGAAAUGGGUGGUCGAGCCUGACCUCGAACGUUGUGAUGCUGCGUAUGGCGCGGGGUUUGCUCCCGGACAGUAACAGAUUCUGGUAAUGACACUUAUGAUUGUCUCGCCUGCGGAUAGAGGCACGGACGCACGAUCUAUCGUUUUUUAUUAUUGGGUGCUUGCAUUCGUUGUGCGCCAGGGUAUAGUCGCUACAGUAAUACACCGUUAUCUUUGGUGCCAGGGUAUAUACUACUUACGUUGCGGAUAUCAAUCAUCAUUCAUCGGGCGAUGUUAUACCACAUUUUUCUUUGUCGGC